GGAAGCCCAAAAAGAGGAACCACUGUUCCCUUCCAUAUCAAGAUCGUCUCGGUUCUUUUUGGUAUUCCCUCUCACCUAAAUCAGACUCUUCCUGGAUAUGGAAGCUUCAUGAGGCUUAGUCUGGUCGGAGAUCGUGGGAAGAGUUCGGAGUACAGGGGUGGAUGCAACGACUAAUCCGUAAUCGAGGCACACUGAAGUCAGUGGCUGGAUUGUGAUGGAUCAUGGCUGACAGGAGACUUUGGCAGGACCCACUCUUUGGGAUUUCUCUUCCUUCACCUUUUCUUUUUCAUUUUUUCUCUUUUUUUUUAUUUUAUUUUAGUACACAUACUAUUGAUCCAUUGAUUUACAUGGCGAUGAAUUUUUCUUUCUCUCUUUGACUAUGAUUUAAGUGGUGGUGCCUUGCAUAUCCUCUAGAUCGGGUAGCCUGCUGAUACUGCACAAAAUAAAAAUAAAAAUAAAAAGAACGUUUAUUUAUCCUUCAAUUUUAACGGCGCUAUUGUCUAUCCUUGCCUCUCAA